AUGGACGAUCUCGAAGAGGCUAUUCGUGUGGUCCGAGAAUCCAUCAAGGUCACUCAAAAAGAUGACACAGAUCGAGCUAUAUUAUUGAGCAACCUCGGGAUUUCACUUAGCGAUAAGUACUCACGCACUACAGCGAUGGCGGACCUCGGAGAGGCUAUUUGCGUGAUCCGAGAGGCUGUUAAAAUCACCCCAGAAGACGAUAUAGAUCGAGCUGUAUUAUUAAGUAACUUUGGGGGUCACCUUGGCGAUAGAUAUUCACGCACUGGAUCCAUGGAUGACCUCGAAGAGGCUAUUUACGUGAUUCAAGAGGCCCUCAAAAUCACCCCAAAAGACGAUCUAGAUCGGGCUGGACGAUUAAACAGCCUUGGAAAUCGACUCGGCGACAGAUACUCACGUACUGGAUGCAAAGACAACCUGGAAGAGGCUAUUCGUGUAGUCCGAGAGGCUAUCAGAGUUACUACAGAAGACUACCCAGAUCGAGCUAUACUAUUUAGUAACCUUGGGGUUCAACUCGGCACAAGACAUUCACGCACUGGAUCGAUGGACGACCUCGAAGAGGCUAUUCACGUUGCACGAGAGGCUGUCAAGACUAUUCCAGAAGACCACCCAGAUCGAGCUAGACUAUUGGGUAACCUCGGGGGUCACCUCGGCGAGAGAUAUUCACGCACUGGAUCGCUGGACGACCUCGAAGAAGCUAUUCGCAUUGCACGAGAGGCCGUCAAGGUCGCCCAAGAAGACCAUCCACAUCGGGCAGGAUCGUUAAGUAGCCUUGGCGUUCAACUCGACAACAGAUACUCACACACUGGAGCGAUGGCGGACCUCGAAGAGGCUAUUUGUAUGAGCCAAGAGGCUGUCAAGGCCGCCCUAGAAGACCACCUAGGUCGGGCUAGAUGGUUGAGUAACCUUGCAAAUCAACUCGACCACAGAUACUCACGCACUGGGUUGAUGGAUGACCUCGAAGAGGCGAUUCGCGUUGCCCGAGAGGCCGCCAAUACCUUCCCAGAAGACCACCCAGAUCGAGCUAGACUAUUGGGUAACCUGGGGGCUCACCUCAACGACAGAUAUUCACGCACUAGAUCUAUGGACGAUCUAGAAGAGGCUAUUUAUAUAGUCCAAGAGGCCGUCAAUACUACCCCAGAAGACCAUCCAGAUCGAGCUAGACUAUUAGGUAACCUGGGGGUUCAUCUUAGCGAUAGAUACUUACGCAUUAGAUCGUUAGACGACCUCGAAGAGUCUAUUCGCGUUGCCCGAGAGGCCGCUAAGAUCACCCCAGAAGACCAUCCACAUCGGGCUGCAUGGUUGAACAACCUUGGGGUUCAACUCGACCAUAGAUACUCACGCACUGGAUCGAUGGACGACCUCGAAGAGGCUAGGCAAUCCUUCAACAUCGCGUUGAGUCUCAAGAAGUCUCCCAUCAAUGUUCGCAUUACCGCUGGCCGUCGACUCCUGUCAUCCCUUAACAUUCGCGAAGAAGGUCAUCAAGCAUACCUUGCUGCCAAAACUACCGUCGAGUUGGUCCCCUUACUCACUUCACCUUCGCUACCAAACACCGAUAAGCAGUAUCUACUCUCGCAAGCCAUCGGACUCGCCUCGGAUGCGGCAGCUAUCGCGUUACAUGCUGGUCAAGGGUGUGUACCUGCCAUCGAGCUUCUUGAGACGGGCCGUGGUGUUCUUGCGAGCUUUCUUCAAGAUAUGCGUACUGACCUUGCCUCCUUACAAAAAAAAUACCCGGUGUUGGCGCGCUUAUUUGUCGAACUUCGAGGCCAGCUUGAUCCGCCUAAUUCGCAGGGUGCUUAUGUCACGGAUGCGAGCACUCCUAUCGCCCCUGGUGCACGAACUGAUCAGCGCCACGAAGCUGGCAUACAAAUGCCGCUCCUCCUUAACGAAAUCCGCAGUCAGCCUGGGUUUGAGCGGUUCCUGCUCUCUGCAUCCGAAGGUGAGAUGCGAGAAGCGGCAGUGCAAGGUCCGAUCGUUAUCCUCAACGUGAGCUCGCACCGUUGCGAUGCUUUGCUCGUCGAGCAAUCUGGGACCCGAGUACUGGAGCUGCCUCGACUCUCUCGGCAGGAUAUCCUCGCCCGAGCCCGAGAUGUUCAAUCUCUCGAGACGCUUGCCUGGCUCUGGGAUGCUAUUGUCAGCCCAGUGCUUGAUGCCUUAGGAUUUAAUAAGCCUCCACCUGGCGAUUCUUGGCCACACGUAUGGUGGAUUCCAACAGGGCCACUUAUCAGGUUUCCUCUGCACGCAGCGGGACACCAUUUGGAAUCCAGCUCUGACACAGCCCUCGACAGAGUCGUCUCCUCCUAUAGCCCGUCUAUCAAGACGAUCAUACACAGUCGUCAACAGCGGGAUAAAGAAACAACGGCAAUUUCUUCCACAAAUGUCGUCCUAAUCGCUAUGCAAGACACGCCAGGGCAAAAGCUACUUCGAUAUGCGAGCAACGAGGCGAGUGCGGUACAAGCUGUUUGCGAGUCGAUAGGAUUACCGUACGUUCAGCCCAGGCCUUACAAGAAAGAGGUCACGUUAGCUUUGGAAGGCUGCAGGAUAUUCCACUUUGCUGGACAUGGUGACGCAAAUGGGGAAAACCCGCUAGCAAGUCUCUUGCUUCUUAAGGACUGGAAACAGGAUCCUCUGACAGUAGGAAGCCUAUUGGACACCAACCUAACUUCCAAGUCGCCAUUUCUCGCCUACCUCUCGGCCUGCGGAACCAGCCAGAUCCGGCACGAGAGAUCAAUUGAUGAGAGUAUUCACCUAACGAGUGCCUUCCAGUUGGCAGGGUUCCGGCAUGUCGUAGGCACGCUUUGGGAGGUCGACGACGAGCUAUGCGUACGCAUGGCGAGACUAAUGUACGAGUUUCUAAGAGACAGGGGAAUAAGCAACGAGUCUGUAAGCGGCGGGCUUCACCAUGCCACCAGGCUUCUUCGAGACGACUGGCUGCAUCAGGAAGUUAAUGGCCAAAAGACUAUCCGGGACUAUAUGUCAGUGAGGGAUGUUGAGAUAUGCAAAAGCACAGAGCGGAGCAGACCGCUUUGGGUUCCAUACGUUCACUACGGAAUUUGA